AUCUCGCGCGCACCCUCAGUCGCCGCUCGAGCCCAGUUGCCUCGCUGCUCCGGCGGUUGCUGUCAAAGUCAGGCCGACAGCAGUGGCCAGGGGCCGGCAGAGAGGGACACAGGGACAGGGGCGCUCCGAGCCAGCAGCGAUGAAUCCCGUCGGUUGAACAUCAGCGGAGCCCGGAUGUUACACAAUGAUGCUGGAUAAAAAAACGGAGGGAAACGAAUUAGCCGCCGGUGUUUGACUAUUAUGGGGGUCGGGGGAUGAAAAGCCGCCUCGUCAUUUCGUUUUUAGUCAAUUUAUUUUUCGAUGCGAUACAAAAGUAGUGAGAAUGUAUGAAUUAAAGGAGCCCUACGAAGGAGUAAAUUAUGCCAGCAACAGACACCCUCUAUCUACUGACGGACGGGGUUUCCAGUCAAACUCCGAAUUAUCCAGGCCAGCAGCACUGUCCUGGCAAGCUGCUAUUGACGCGGCGAGGCAAGCUAAAGCUGCCGCAACCAUGAACUCAACCACGGAAUCCAACAGUGCAGCAGCCCAAAGAAAACGCCAGCAAUUCGCCAAGAGCAAGAAGCAGCAGGGCAGUACAGUGAAUAACAGGCCAGCCCGUGCCCUAUUCUGUUUAAAUCUCAACAACCCUAUUAGAAGAGCCUGUAUUAGUAUUGUAGAAUGGAAGCCAUUUGAUAUCUUUAUAUUGAUUGCUAUUUUUGCCAAUUGUGUGGCCUUAGCUGUUUACAUACCUUUCCCAGAAGAUGAUUCCAACUCAACUAAUCAUGACCUGGAAACAGUAGAAUAUGCCUUCCUUAUAAUUUUUACAAUUGAAACAUUUUUGAAGAUUAUAGCAUAUGGACUGCUGUUACACCCCAAUGCUUAUGUAAGAAAUGGAUGGAACUUGAUGGACUUUGUAAUUGUAAUUGUGGGCUUGUUUAGUGUUGUUUUGGAACAACUAACCAAAGCAGAAAAUGUGGAUGGACAUGCAACUUCCACUGGCAAACAUUCAGGUGGUUUUGAUGUCAAAGCCCUUAGAGCCUUUCGUGUAUUGAGACCUCUAAGACUUGUAUCUGGAGUACCUAGCUUACAGGUUGUCUUGAAUUCCAUCAUCAAAGCCAUGGUUCCUCUUCUACAUAUUGCUCUACUGGUAUUGUUCGUGAUUAUCAUUUAUGCUAUCAUAGGACUGGAACUAUUUAUUGGAAAAAUGCACAAAACAUGUUACUUCGGCAACACAAAUGUGAUAGCGGAGGAUGAACCAGCACCUUGUGCAUUCUCAGGGAAUGGUCGCCAAUGCUCCAUGAAUGGUACAGAAUGCAGGGGCGGGUGGCCGGGUCCAAAUGGAGGCAUCACAAAUUUCGACAACUUUGCUUUUGCAAUGCUAACAGUUUUUCAGUGUAUAACCAUGGAAGGAUGGACUGAUGUCCUUUAUUGGAUGAAUGAUGCCAUGGGAUAUGAAUUACCUUGGGUCUAUUUUGUCAGUCUCGUCAUCUUUGGAUCUUUUUUCGUUCUUAAUCUUGUACUUGGUGUAUUGAGCGGUGAAUUUUCUAAGGAAAGGGAAAAGGCAAAGGCCAGAGGAGACUUUCAGAAACUACGUGAGAAGCAGCAACUUGAAGAUGACCUCAAAGGAUAUCUGGAUUGGAUCACUCAGGCAGAAGACAUUGAUCCUGAGAAUGAAGAAGACAUUGAGAGUGCAGAGAGACGAAAUCCAAAUAUCCCUGUUGGUGAAACUGAAUCUGAUAACACAGACCAUGCUGGCAGUGGAGAGGGUGAUAACGCAACAUGCUGCGGAUCAUUAUGCAUCCGAAUUUCUAAAUCAAAGUUCAGCCGGCGCUGGCGUCGUUGGAACCGCUAUUGGAGGAGAAAAUGUCGAGCUGGUGUAAAGUCUGUUACUUUCUACUGGCUAGUUAUUAUCCUUGUUUUUCUCAAUACAUUAACCAUUUCAUCAGAACAUUAUAAUCAACCUCUUUGGCUAACGUUUACUCAAGACAUUGCAAACAAAGUCCUACUGGCUCUAUUCACAUGCGAGAUGUUAGUGAAAAUGUACAGCCUGGGUCUGCAGGCAUACUUUGUUUCCCUUUUUAAUCGCUUUGAUUGCUUUGUGGUGUGUGGAGGAAUCAUUGAAACCAUCCUGGUUGAGUUUGAAAUUAUGUCUCCUUUGGGAAUCUCAGUCUUUAGAUGUGUUCGGCUUCUCAGAAUAUUCAAAGUGACAAGGCACUGGCAAUCAUUGAGUAACCUGGUAGCCUCAUUGUUGAACUCAAUGCGAUCCAUUGCUUCCUUGCUGCUGCUGCUUUUCCUAUUUAUUAUUAUCUUUGCACUGCUGGGAAUGCAACUUUUUGGUGGCAAAUUUAACUUUGAUGAAACACAAACAAAACGGAGUACCUUUGAUAACUUUCCACAAGCUCUUCUCACUGUAUUUCAGAUUUUGACUGGUGAAGAUUGGAAUAUGGUGAUGUAUGAUGGAAUUAUGGCGUAUGGUGGACCAUCCUCUUCAGGGAUGAUAGUUUGUAUAUACUUCAUCAUUCUGUUCAUAUGUGGUAACUACAUCUUGCUGAAUGUCUUUUUGGCCAUUGCUGUUGAUAAUUUAGCUGAUGCUGAAAGCUUAAAUACCGUGCAAAAAGAAACUGAGGAAGAAAAAGAAAGGAAAAGAAGUGCCAGAACUGCCAGUUCAGAACAAAGAGUGGAUGUGAAAUAUGAACUUGAUGGAGUAAGCGAAAACAAUGACAGGACAGUACUUACUGGCACUCAGAUUUCUAUUGAUGAAGAUGAUAAGGAUCCUUAUCCACCCAGUGAUGUGCCAGAUGAUGAUGAUGAACCAGAAAUACCAGUUGGACCUCGACCUCAAAGGUUGGCAGAUCUGAACUUGAAGGAAAAAAUUGUGCCUAUUCCAGAAGGGAGUGCUUUCUUCAUCUUCAGUAAUACCAAUCCGAUCAGAGUGGCUUGUCACAGACUUAUAAAUCACCACAUCUUUACAAAUCUGAUCCUCGUGUUCAUUAUGCUUAGCAGCAUUUCCUUAGCUGCAGAAGAUCCUAUACGUAAUCAUUCCUUUCGUAAUAAUAUUCUUGGUUACUUUGACUAUGCUUUUACAGCGAUCUUUACUGUUGAAAUCCUGUUCAAGAUGAUGACAUAUGGAGCAUUUUUACAUAAAGGUUCUUUCUGUCGAAAUUAUUUCAAUUUGUUGGACAUCCUAGUUGUGGGUGUGUCACUUAUUUCUUUUGGAAUUCAGUCUAGUGCUAUUUCAGUCGUGAAGAUCCUUCGUGUUCUGAGAGUGUUAAGGCCUCUUCGAGCAAUCAAUAGGGCGAAGGGACUCAAGCAUGUUGUUCAAUGUGUGUUUGUUGCUAUUCGAACCAUUGGCAACAUCAUGAUUGUUACAACUCUUCUGCAGUUCAUGUUCGCUUGUAUUGGGGUGCAGCUAUUCAAGGGCAAAUUCUACCGUUGUACAGAUGAAGCAAAACAACUCCCUGAAGAGUGCAAGGGAACUUAUAUUCUUUAUAAAGAUGGCGAAGUGGAUCAUCCUGUAAUUCGUGAUCGGGUUUGGCACAAUAGCGAUUACAAUUUUGACAAUGUCCUUGCAGCUAUGAUGGCAUUGUUUACAGUUUCAACGUUUGAAGGCUGGCCAGCCCUGUUAUACAAAGCCAUAGACUCAAAUGGAGAAAAUAUUGGUCCCAUCUACAACAAUCGAGUGGAGAUUUCUAUAUUCUUUAUCAUCUACAUCAUUAUUAUUGCUUUCUUCAUGAUGAAUAUCUUUGUUGGUUUUGUGAUCGUCACAUUCCAGGAGCAGGGAGAACUGGAGUAUAAAAACUGCGAGUUGGACAAAAAUCAGAGGCAGUGUGUAGAAUAUGCUCUGAAGGCCAGGCCACUUCGCAGAUACAUCCCAAAGAACCCCUACCAGUACAAAUUUUGGUAUGUGGUAAACUCAACUGGGUUUGAAUACAUCAUGUUUGUCCUCAUCAUGUUGAACACGCUUUGCUUGGCUGUACAGCACUAUGAACAAUCUCCAUUUUUCAACUACACAAUGGAUAUCCUCAACAUGGUCUUCACUGCAGUGUUUACUGUUGAGAUGGUUUUGAAGCUGAUAGCUUUUAAGCCGAUGCACUAUUUCGCUGAUGCAUGGAACACUUUUGAUGCCUUAAUUGUUGUUGGUAGCGUCGUUGAUAUUGCUAUCACAGAAGUUAAUCCUUUUUCAAAGCCAACAGAGAGCCCCCCUACAGGGGAACCUGGGAGUUCAGAGGAAAGUUCCAGAAUUUCGAUUACCUUCUUCCGUCUCUUCCGUGUAAUGCGAUUGGUCAAAUUACUGAGUCGUGGUGAAGGCAUACGCACAUUAUUAUGGACUUUCAUCAAGUCCUUUCAGGCUCUUCCAUAUGUUGCCCUUCUUAUAGCCAUGCUGUUUUUCAUCUAUGCUGUAAUUGGCAUGCAGAUUUUUGGCAAAGUUGCCUUGCAAGAUCAUACACAGAUAAACAGAAAUAACAACUUUCAGACCUUUUUCCAAUCUGUUCUACUUCUUUUCAGAUGUGCCACUGGCGAAGCCUGGCAAGAGAUCAUGUUGGCGUGCAUGCCUGGAAGACGCUGUGACCCAGAGUCAGAAUAUGGUCCAGGAGAAGAGUUUACAUGUGGUAGCAACUUUGCUAUCGUAUAUUUCAUCACAUUUUACAUGUUAUGCGCCUUUUUGAUUAUAAACUUAUUUGUGGCUGUUAUCAUGGACAACUUUGAUUAUUUAACACGCGAUUGGUCCAUUCUGGGUCCUCAUCAUUUGGAAGAAUUUAAAAGAAUAUGGUCUGAAUAUGAUCCAGAAGCAAAAGGGAGAAUAAAACAUCUUGAUGUAGUUACUUUACUUCGACGUAUUCAGCCACCGCUGGGCUUCGGAAAACUUUGUCCUCAUAGAGUCGCAUGCAAGAGAUUGGUAGCUAUGAAUAUGCCCCUGAAUAGUGAUGGAACGGUAAUGUUCAAUGCAACCCUUUUUGCCUUGGUGAGAACAGCUUUGAAAAUCAAAACAGAUGGGAACUUAGAUCAAGCUAAUGAGGAACUGAGAGCUGUUAUUAAAAAAAUCUGGAAGCGAACGAGUAUGAAGUUGCUAGAUCAAGUGGUCCCUCCAGCUGAUGAUGAUGAGGUAACCGUGGGGAAGUUCUAUGCCACCUUCCUGAUACAGGACUACUUUAGGAAAUUCAAGCGACGUAAGGAACAAGGCUUGGUAGGAAAGCAACCCAGAAAGAAUACUACAGUUGCUCUUCAGGCUGGACUUAGAACUCUACAUGACAUGGGACCGGAAAUUCGUAGAGCAAUUUCAUGUGAUCUACAGGAAGAGGAUAUUAUUGAAGGGACUCAAGAAGAGGAUGAGGAUAUAUACAGAAGAAGUGGUGGCCUGUUUGGCAACCAUGUCAACCAUGUCCCUGGAAAAGAACAAAACUUCGUCCAGCAAACAAAUGUUACACAGCGGCCCCUGCAAGUUAAACGACCUUCAACUCCUCCAAUAACUGAUUCUGAAAAAUCACUUCCUUUGUCCAACUUUGAGAAUUCAAUAUCACAUAACCAAUUUAAUCACAGUUUUUCAGGAAAGGUAUCACCAAAUUCCACUAAUGCCAAUCUCAAUAAUGCCAAUGUGUCCAAAAUUGCAAAUGGAAAGCACCCCAGCUCCUUAAAACAUAAGCAAAACUGCAACUCCCACACUUCGUACAUUGAAAAACCAAAGAAGUCAAGCAGCAGAAGAACACGGUAUUAUGAAACUAACAUUAGAUUUGAUUCAGGUGAUGGUUUUGUGCCUACCGUUUCUCAAGAGGAGCCAAAGCCAGAUGACUGGUUUGAGGAUGAGCAUUAUUCAGGAGAUCAGGAAUAUUUUAGUGGGGAGGAGUAUUAUGAAGGAGACAGCAUGCAGUCAGUGGAUAGGCAAAUACAUAGUGACUAUCUGAAUCAAAUUCGAAGUAAUGACCUGGAUUUUGAAAGACCAAAGGGUUACCAUCACCCCUGUGGUUACUAUGAGGAAGAUGAGCCGAGCAGUUAUGCUGGAUACCGGCGCUCACCUAAGCGACGAUUGCUUCCACCAACACCCAUAGCAAAUCAAAGGCCGUCUUUCAAUUUUGAGUGUCUACGCAGACAAAAUAGUCAGGAUGAUGUCUCACUAUCGCCUAUAUUCCAACAGCGUACGGCUCUUCCGCUACAUUUAAUGCAACACCAGGUUAUGGCUGUGGCAGGAAUGGAUUCUUACAAAAGUAGAAGACUGUCACCAGCACGAUCAACACGGUCAUGGGCAACACCUCCGGCUACACCACCCAGCAAAGAGCGCUCUCCAUACUACACUCCUCUGAUCCGUGUAGAUCGUGUUGAAUCCAGAGAAAAUGUGAAUGGUAAUCCUCUCUUAAUGAGCAGGAGCUCUUGGUAUACCGACGAUAUUGACAUUCCUUACAAAAUCUAUACACCAUCAAAUCUAGCUGUUCCCAAUAACUUUUUACAGCGAUAUUAUGAGAAACGAGGGAGUGCAGACAGUCUGGUAGAAGCUGUCCUAAUAUCAGAAGGUCUUGGACGAUAUGCAAAAGAUCCAAAAUUUGUUUCAGUUACUAAACAUGAACUUGCAGAUGCCUGUGAUAUGACCAUUGAUGAAAUGGAAAGUGCCGCAAGCAGUUUAUUAAAUGGCAAUCUUCAUAAUGGAACUAGUGGGGAUGUGUUUCCUGUUAGAAACAGGUGUGACUAUGAAUUACAAGAUUAUUACCCAGGAUACAGUGAUGAGGAGACAGACACUGGGAUAUAUGAAGAGGACCUAGGUGAUGAAAUGAUAUGCAUCACUACUUUAUAGCAUAUAUUUAAUGUGGAAGAUUCAAUUAUAGAAAAAUGAUGGAAGUGCCUCACAGUCAAGGAAUUCUUACGGCACUAGAUAGAUUAAGUGACCAAUAAGAGUUUCUUCCAAGUGAUAGCACAAUGGUCCAAACUGAUGGCAAUCUGAUCCUAUAACCUCUGUUUGUCCUCUGAUACAGCUGUGUGAUAUGAUCACAACAUGGUCAAUCUAAAUAAGUAUGCAACAGUCAAAAUCUAAUAGCAAGUAAGUCAAUGAAGACCAAGGAGGAAAAUCUUAAAAUGAAGCAAAACCACAUUUUUACCAUUCAAGGCUAUCAUUUUUCCUCGGUCAGAAUGUCAUACAACUUGUAAUGUUAAAGGAAGCAUUGUAUUAUUUCUACGACUACAAAAGAUGAAAGGGAAGAUAUUACAAAGGUGAUGACAAUCAAGGAUGACAGAUGUCAUUACUUAAGAAAUACAUUUGGACUUACAGUUGAAAGCAAACGUUAGCAUAUCAAAAGAUUUGAAACCAUCAGACAUAUCUUUUCACUUCAAGUUUUUCAUUCAAAUACGAACCAUUCUCAACAGCUUUUUAAAAUCCAAGCAGAUCUGAAAAAAUAUCUUUUUUAGGGGGGCACAGAGGAGUACAAAAUUAUUAGUGUUUUCUGAAAUAUUUAAGAGUUUACAUAGGAUAUAUCAUUUUUGUCUUACUGCAUUAUCUGCUGUUGUGGAGAGAAAACCUAAUUUUAUUGUUAAGAAAACUCUGGUCAACCUACUUUGGAAAUGGGAUUCAUCUCACUUUCAAAGUUAAUUAAAAGUAGUUUCCUUCAGUUGCAAAGUAGAGAGAUUGUAUAUGGUUGUAACAUAAAGAUAACAAAUUUGUAUUUGUAAAGAGAUGUUCUAUAUUUUGUAGUUCUGGUACUGUGACUGAUAAUCAGCAAUAUUUAUGGUUCCAAAUUAUUGUCACUUAUUCUAUAGAUUACUGUUAUUUUUUAAUGGGACUACAAAUUCAUAAGUAAAUGUACUGAUAGAGCUGCCUUUUAUUUGAGUAUGAUGCAAGUUUAACUUUAGGGUUUGUGCGAAGUCUGGAGCCAAAGGAAAAUCUUUGGCAAGCAAUUAUUAAUCAAGGUAAAAUGUAAACCUAACUUUACACAGGAUAUGCAAAGAUGAUUGACUUGCACUCUUACUUAGAAUGACUAAUAUUUAAAAAUAUUUAAGUCUUUAGUACAUUUCCAUUUUUUUCCUAAAUCAUUUAUAGCAUUUGAAAGUUUUCACUGCAACAUUCAUUUUACUAAAAGCUAGUUUACUAAAAUAACAUCAUUUGACAUAAAUUUCAACCUGCAAAAUCUGAGCAGCUCCUUUUAGUUUUUUUGAUCUGGGUGGUUUUAAAAACACAACUUGAUUUUUGCAUAUCUUGUUUAACACUUUCUCAUUGGUAGAAAAACUUGCAGUCAAGAUGAAUAAUUUUGUUAUCCACCGAGGUUAGCUAUAUAUUUCUGUUAAUGUAAUUAUUAGUAUUCCCAAUUUACUGCUGAGGGCUAUAACUGCAUGCAUCCCAAGGUAAAGUUCCUUUUGUGACUGUCCUUCAAAUGACAUUUAUCAAUAUAUACAUAAGUAGUCUGAGUUUCGUUUAAACUAAACAUGCCCAUUUAUACACUUUAUUUCUAAUGCACAAAAUACUUCACAGAGCAGGUCUUUCUGAAUUAUCCAACAAUGCUUUUUUUGCUAUGUACGUUUUCAGAAUUUUUAAUAUAUAUUUUAAAUGAUGGCCUGUUUAGGUUGCAGGUACAUCAUGAGUAGCAGCCACUAAAAACUUUUAAACUGUAUGCAUUUUUAAACACUUCUAUAUAUUCUAUUAGUAACAAAAACUAAAACAAGAUAUUUUACCUCAGUCAGGGAUAUAUAGGGUUUUAAACUAUUUUUAUUUCAUACCCAGGGUAUUCUUGAUCUUCAGCAUGGUGGAACAGCAACCUGUGAUUGCACAACUGUGUGCAAUCUUCAUGACUACUUUUAUAUGAAGUAAGCCUUUUGUGUAGUAUGGUAUUUGUAAUAUCAGUUUCUAAGGUUGAUUAUUUUGUGAUUGUAUGUAUGGUACAGUAAGGUCUGUGUAUGUAUUUUCCAUACCAGUGUGCUGGAAAAUGUAUAUACACACAGUGUAUAUUUCUGUAAGACAGCACUGGAAAUAUAUUGGCAUUGAAACUCAAGUAAAAUCAAGUUAAUUUCUCAUGAGACAAGGCUGAGCUGUCAUUAUGUGAAAAUUAUGGGUGACCUUUGGUCUUUCAGUACUUUUCCUUUUAGUCCUAAAAGAAUUUGCUGUUCUUCACAUUAGAUCAUUAUAAAUUUAUUUUUCACAAAAAUACAGAAGUAAAUAUUUCAUUAGAUUACAGCUUUUGUAAUACUUGUUCUUGCAUAUCUUUACCUGUCAUGUACAAUGAUUUUUUUCUGACAUGCCUGCCACAUCUUAAAUAUUGAAAAUGCUGGAGAAGAUCAGCAUGACUGGCAGAAUCAAUGGAGAAAAGAAGUUAGCAUUUCAAGUCCAAUGACCCUUUGUCAGAUGUCACUGGACUGGAAACAUUUAACUGUUGAUCUCUCCACAAAUGCUGUCAAAUUUUCUGAGUUUCUCAACAUUUUGUUUUUGUUUCUGCCACAUCUGAUAAUUCUUUAAGGUGUCUGCUAUUGCCUAACUCAUAUUUGGGUUGUACACACUAUAACUUAUUUUUCUUAAGGAACAGAACGCAUUGAUAAGUUUUCCUGUAUAAAAUAAACAAGUAAUUAAAGUGUGUCCCAGAAAUUUGCUAGUUGCUACAUGACACAUGAUACUUCAAAUGUUGAACAUUAUUUGUAAGUUAAGC